CCUCCCCCAUUUCGACACCACCAUUAACAAAAUCUCGAAGACGAAGGAGACGAAACCCUAAUUGCGACGACGACGACGAUGCCGAUCUCGUGCUACUCAUCCCAUGGCGCUCUCGCGAGCUCUCCACGAUCUCUUCUCCCUUCUCCUCGUCUCCCACGAGGACGAGGGGGUAGCGGCGGAGGAGGGAGGGCCCUGGAACCUACUAGAAGAUUCUGGAAGGUUCCGUCCCUUGUCGUCAUGGCUUCCGCGGUCGACUCCUUCGAGAGCUCCGCGAGCUUCGCCAGGCGCAUGGAGCUGGCGUGGCUCAUCUCUCAGCAACCAAGACCGAUUGCUUGUUCAUCUUGCGAGUCGAAGGGCCACGUGGAAUGCAAGUGGUGCGGGGGCACGGGCUUCUUCAUCCUGGGUAACAACAUGCUAUGCGAAGUGCCCUCGAGAAACACUACAUGUGUCAUAUGUUCUGGGAAGGGUUCUGCUUCCUGUUCUGAUUGCAAAGGCACGGGCUUCCACGCGAAGUGGCUGGAAGAACCCCCGUCUCGCGAAAUGAAAUGAGACGCUCGCAGUCCGAUCGACUCUUAACAUAUUCUUUACAUAUACCUGGAAUUUGGUAAACAGAAAGAAUUCAUUAUUAUUAUUUUUUUCCCUAGUAUUCAGCAUGUAACUAAACCUAUUGGAUUGGUUAUUUGUGAUUCCUGCUUUUCUUUUAAACUCCUGCUAAUAUCUUUGUACAAUAUGAAAGAUCCUACUGUAAAAGUUUUUUUAUUUUAUUUUAUUUUUUUUCAAAUUAA